AAAACGUAACUUGAAAUUUGAAUAGUGUUUAUAUUUUCUAUAGGCCGAUCCUUUUCUUAUAUGUUGUUUGUUUACUUUGCUUAUGUAUUUAGUAUGGUAAUUAGUACCUAGUACCUACCUUUAAUUACAUUGUAUUGAUGAGUUAGCUACGAUGUUUGAGAAGCAUUAACUCAAGCUCACAUUACAGUUCUUACUUUCUCAGAGUGCAUCGCAUCAUUCUUAAUCAGUCAGCUGAAUCAUUGAAUGCCAAUUUUAUAUUAUUGUUAUUUGGUCUGUCUAUCAUUAUUAAUGGUGGAAGUGUAAGAGUGAAGUGCUGACGUAUUUAAUAAAAAACAAAAACAAACCAAAUAAAAGAGUUACGGAUUUAUAGUUUUAUAACAUUUUAAAGUACGAGAAUGAAGAAAUUUUCAUUUUCAACGAAAAAAAAUGACCAAUUUACCAUUUUCGAUGGAAACCUUUUCUAUGAUAUUUACAAAGACUCACACUUCCUGCGGGAGAGUGACAAUAUAGUAACCAUAUUGACUAAAGGACAUGAACUAAGGUCAAUGUUGAAGCAAGUUAAGCUGGGUGAAUCAGUUGCUGUCAGCGGUAUGGUCCUCGCAGACAAGACUCCACUAUUGGUGAAGAAGACUGGUCCGAAUGUGGCUGUAGAACCCUUUGAGUUUACAGCAAACCGGCUGAGUGGUUUGGUAGCAUCAUAUGCAUUUGACAAUCGCUCAAAAUUCCCCGACUUAACAUCAACUGAAGCUGCCACCUUGGGUUUAAUGUGGGACAACAAAGAUGAAAUUAAAUCCAGACUUUUCCUAUCAGCUGUAUCUGGUACUGAGCAAUUUGGGAAGCAGUUUCAUUUCUGGCCACUGGUUUGUGGGUUAAGAAAGUUGCAGUUGAAAAAAAUCACUAUUGAGCCCGUCAUGAAGAUGUCUAAGAUCAAGAACCCAGAGGGUUUACCAAUGGCCACUCAAUUUAUGAGGAAUUUGGCUACCGUGAGAACUCUCUGGUCCUAUUUCCCGGGAUCGUCCAAAACAGAUAUUGAAUUGCAGCUUGAGUGUCUACCUUCGGAUAUGAAGAAAGUUUUUUAUAACACAAAAUGUAGUUUUAAAACAAGCAAGAGCAGGAAAUAAUUUUGUAUUUUUUGUGAAAAUUUCUUCACUUAUAAGUUUUGACAAAUGCCUUAAUACAUCAUGUUGUUUUUAUUAUUAUUACUAUUGACUCAUUAUUAAUCACUAGUU